AUGUGCAUCGUUAACGCCACCAAGGCGUACAAGCCUCCCGCCGCGCGCACCGCCACGGCUUUCGCGCAGCUCCCCGCGCCCACCUUCGCGGUCGUGGCGCCACCCAAGCGUUUCGACGCCACCGCUUCCGAUGCCAGGUGGACCGGUAACGCGCUCCUCGGCUCCACCGGUGCCGCCACCAAGCGCGUCCUCGCCGUCGACGGCGGUGCCCUUCACGUCAUCUCCGACGACGGCCUCCAGACGAGGCACAUCGAGGACGGACUCAUCGUCGCGCUCGCCUCAUCCACCGUCGCAGUCGACGACGUCGUCGCCGCGUACGACAAGGCGGCCAAGUCCGGCGACGCCAACGACACCCGAACUCGCGUGAACGCCCUCCGCAAGGCUCUCGGCGACCUCCACGCCGACAAGGGAUCCUUCGCCGUCUGCGCGUUCGACGCCAAGAUGGGCCGCGUCCUCGCGGCGAGAUCCAAAAACUCAGCGCCCCUCUCCUACGGGUUCACCGCCGACGGAACGUUGGUGGCGUGCGCGGGUCUCACCGCCCAGGCCAUGGGCCUCGACGGCUUGCUCGACCUCACCCCGCUCCCGUCCGGCCGGUUCAUAUUCGGCCACCGGUACGUCAAGCCCAUCGAGUUCACCCAGUUUUGGUCCACCGCGCAGGGGAACCGCGCCGCCGCGCCCGCCAGGAAGGCGAGGCGCUCGGUCGAGGUUGCCAUCCCCGAGUGCGGCGUCCCUACCCAGAAGUGGGGCACCACCGGCAGCGAGGGCGACGUCAACGCCGAUUGGCACGAGCACCCCACCCUCCACCACACAAAGUCGGCGUACGUCCCCCCCGCGCUUCGCCGCGCGCGCGAAGCCGCGGCGAAAGCCGCCGCCGAAAAGGCGGAGAAGGAUGUCCUUCACGCGGAGGAGAAGAAAGAGGCGCGGCCCAUCUCGCCGAGGUCCCAAAAGGUGGAGAUGGACGCCCAGAUCGCGGAGGCGAUCGCGUCGCAGGACCGACUCGUCGCCGACCUCGAGUCCGCGCUCGUCACCGCCGUGCGACGCGCCUCCAUCGACACGCGCCGCGCCUCCGUCGAGGUUGCGCGCAAGAAUUUGGCGAAAAAGUCGCUCAAGUCGGCGACGCUCUCCGCGGCGUCCUGGGAGCGCGCCCUCGCCACCUCCAGGGCGGCGAGAACCUCCGUGGAUUGCGCCAGGUCCUCCAUGGACGUGUCCCGCAUCUCCUCCUUCUUCUCCUCCGCGCCCGUCGCGAGGGUCUGA